AUGAGCAGCCAGGAUUACUACAACCCCCAGCCCCAGGGCUAUGGCCCGCCGCCGGGGGGAUACCAGCAAGGCUACCCGCAACAGCCACAAGCAGCGUACGGCCCUCCCAUGGGCGGGCCCCCUCCGCACCAGCAGGGCUACUACCCGCCCCAGCAGCCGCCGAUGCAGUACCACCAGCAGCAACCGCCGCCGCCGCAGGGCCGACCUCACGGAGGUGGCGGCGGCGGCGGCGGGCAGAAGCAGAGGGGCUGUCUGGCGGCGUGUCUCGCCACGUUGUGCUGUUGCUGUCUUUGCGAUGGGGCGUGUGAGGGUUGUGCCGACUGGUGA